UCUACGUUGUUCUACCAUGGCUCCUCUUUUGUUGUUCCCUUUGAUCAUGCUUUCCAUCUUUUCAAUCUCUGCUCUUCCUCACUCUCUCAUUAAUAUCUCUCAACAACAACAACAACAACAUUUGCUAUUGCAAUUCAAAGUUGCCAUUUCGAACAAUAACAUUUCACUGCGCGACUGGACUUCCUCUCUACCCCUCUGCAAUUGGACUGGCGUUACCUGCAAUAGCUCUUCUCACUCUAUCCUCAGCCUCAAUUUAUCCAGCAUGAACUUACAAGGUAUCAUCUUUCCUGUCCUGGGGAAUCUUUCCUCUCUUCAAACCCUAGAUCUCUCCAACAAUGCCCUCGCUGGCACCAUUCCACCUCAACUCGGUGAACUUCCCCGUCUGCAGGUACUCUGGCUUUACCGCAAUCAAUUGAAAGGAACCAUUCCGCCCACUCUCUCCGCUUGCCGCGGUUUGUAUGACAUGGAUCUCUCUUAUAAUCAACUGCGUGGCAGCAUUCCGCCUGAGCUGAGUCGCCUCACAAGCCUGAAGUAUCUUCAGUUAGGAGUAAACAAUCUCACAGGCACCAUUCCCCGUGCUUUAGGAAAUAUGUCUUCCUUAGUUAGACUAUAUUUGAGUGAAAAUGAUCUCACAGGUACCAUUCCCCCUGAAUUGGGAACCCUGCUUCAACUAAAGGAGCUUUCUCUUUAUAUGAAUCAGCUAUCAGGCCUCAUUCCACCUCAAUUGGGCCAACUUCACCGUCUGCAGGUACUCUGGCUGAACGACAAUCAAAUACAAGGAACCCUUCCCCCUGAAUUGGGAGCCCUGCCUCAACUAAAGGAGCUUUCUCUUUAUAUGAAUCAGCUGUCAGGCCUCAUUCCACCUCAACUCGGCCAACUUCACCGUCUGCAGGUACUCUGGGUGGUCGACAAUCAAUUACAAGGAACCAUUCCUAGCUCUUUGGGAAAUCUGUCUGCCUUGACAGAUUUAGAAUUGGGAAAAAACAGUCUUCAUGGUCCCAUCCCCCCUGAACUAGGCAUGCUCGCUCACCUCCAGACGCUUUACAUGUUUGAAAACCACCUGUCAGGCAGCAUUCCUUCCUCUUUAACAAAUCUUUCAAAAUUGAAUGAAUUAGCUUUAUCUAAUAACCAGCUAAGUGGAAAUAUUCUAUGGGACAUUGGUACCAAGCUUUCCAAUUUGCAAUACCUCAGUUUAUGGGCAAAUCAGCUUAGUGGAAACAUACCGAAGUCCAUUGGAAAUUGUUCCCGUCUCAAAGUAUUUAUACUAAGCCAAAACUGGCUCAGUGGAAUGGUGCCAAUGGAGAUUGGUAAAUUGAGACACCUUACCCUGCUUAAACUAAGUCAGAAUCAACUUGUUAGUACGAGCAGAAACACAUUGGCUUUUCUGAAUGCUCUCACAAAUUGCUCCCACUUGAAAGCAAUAUCAGUGUCAGAAAAUCGUCUAGCUGGUGUAUUGCCUCCAUCCAUUGGCCAACUGUCUUCCAAUCUCUUUCAUUUGAGUUUAUCAGAAAACAUGAUAGGCGGAACCAUACCUCAGGAAAUUGCCAAUCUGACAAAUAUAACCUACUUAGAUUUAGGCAAUAACCUUUUCAGAGGCAACAUUCCUUCUGAAAUUAAAAGAUUGCGUAUGUUGGAAAGAUUGCAUCUGAAUGGGAACAAAUUAGAUGGAAGCAUUCCAAGUGAGAUAGGUCAAAUGCAACAUCUCGGACUCCUAAAUGUUGGUCAGAACCAGUUAUCUGGAAAAAUACCGGAUUCACUCUGUAGCCCCCAACAACUAAGAUAUCUUUAUCUUCAGCAUAACAACUUAUCAGGGGAGAUCCCUGUCAGUUUAGAAGGCUGUCAGAAGUUGGAGCUCCUUGACAUCUCUUACAAUAAACUAGGAGGAAGAAUACCUCGUGGAGUCAUUGCGAGCCUUAAAAACCUCCAAUUCUACCUCAAUCUUUCAUCGAAUUCCCUACAAGGGUUCUUACCACAAGAGAUGAGUAAAAUUGUAAUGGCUCAAGCCAUAGACAUCUCUAGAAAUCGACUUACUGGGGUAAUUCCAAAGACUCUAGGAGGCUGCACAGCAUUAGAGCAUCUAAAUCUGUCUCAUAAUGCCUUUGAAGGUCCAAUACCAGAUUCACUGUCCAAAUUACAAAAUCUCCAAGAAAUGGAUCUUUCCGCCAAUUUUUUAUCAGGUUCGAUACCAAUGUCUUUUGGAAGACUAAAAGUACUUAACUACAUGAAUGUUUCUUUCAAUAAUUUGUCAGGUCAAAUUCCAGAUGAAGGGCUGUUUCCAAAUAGAACUGUUGUAACAUUGUUUGGUGGAAACCUUGGCCUCUGUGGACCAAGAACCUAUUCAUUGCCUCCAUGCCCAAAUCUGACUCAAGAAAAGCAUUCACUGAUGAAAAAAAUAGUCUUAUCAGUUGUUGGAACCAUUGCUCUAAUAUUAGUAUCUUUCAUUAUAGGAAUGCUAUGGAGGCAUAAACUUUCAAGAAAACUAUUGCAUCCCUCAAACCUUUUCUUUCAAAGGCUCGUCUAUCAAAAAUUUUCUUAUCAAGAUCUUGUCAUUGCAACAUCUGGAUUUGAUGAGUCAAACUUGCUUGGAGUAGGUAACUUUGGAUCAGUCUAUAAAGGCAUUUUGAGGGAUGGUAAAAUAGUUGCCAUCAAGGCUCUUAAUUUAGAUAAUGAAGAAUCUCAUAAGAGCUUUAAUACAGAAUGCAGAGUGUUAGGGAGGAUCAGACACCGCAACCUCAUCAGAAUCACAAGUGCAUUCUACUACCCUAGCUUGAAAGGUUUGGUUCUUCAAUAUGCAUCAAAUGGGAGCCUGGAAAAGCAUUUGCACCCUGACAGAGAUGAUCAGGACUUUUUUAAAUUUGGAUUGAGUGAGUGUUUGAGCAUUGCUUUAGAUGUGGCCCAUGGCAUGGAAUAUUUACAUCAUGAUUGUCCUAUGCAAAUUGUUCACUGUGAUUUGAAACCUAGCAAUGUGCUCCUGGAUGCCAGCAUGACAGCCCUUGUGACUGACUUUGGCAUAUCCCGUUUAAUUGCCACUCCAAAUUCCACAUAUUCACAGAGUACAACAACAUUUGCACUCAAGGGCUCUAUUGGUUAUAUUGCUCCAGAGUAUGGAUUGGGCGGGGGUGUUUCCAUAAAGGGAGAUGUUUACAGUUAUGGAAUUCUAUUAUUAGAGAUGGUUACAAGGAAGAGGCCAAGUGAUGACAUGUUUAUGGGAGACCUGAACUUGCAAAACUGGGUGAGGUCAUCUUUUCCAGAUAGAGUGGCAGAAGUUGUUGAUAGUAGGUUGCUAAGGGAUGUGAAUGCAAACAUGGAAGAGAAUGGAUUUCUUCUUUCAUUCAUUAAUGUUGGUUUGCUAUGCACCAAUGAAUCGCCAAGAGAACGACCCUCAAUGAGAGAUGUAGCUAGGGCCUUGGAGAACCUCAAGAGAUCUUUGACAGGAAACGCAGCUUCUUCCAAUUUAAAAUCUUCUAUAUCAGACCUCCUACGCAACAUCAAUCCCAUUGGAUUAUCAGUAUCAGAUAGUCAAAGUUCUACAUUUUAGAUGUUUUGAGUUCCAUCAACUAGUUUUGGUUUUCUAUGGUAGAUAUAAGUUUAUCAUGUUUUACAAGCUCUGCAUACUUUUAUGCAAAAUUCUCAGGUUAUGUUGUAAUUCAUUAAACAAGUAAGAUGUUCCAUAUCCUGUGCAGGUAUUGACACAUAUAUAUGGAUGUCGCAAAAGGUUAGUGUAUUAUCUUAACAAC